AUGGCCACCUCGGUGAGUACCGCGGAACCGCCUCUGCCUUGCGCUGCCCAGCACUGCCGGUGCUUGCCGCCAGGAAGAGGCUGGCGUGACGUGGAAUGUCUCCUUGUGUGCGGCUUUUCCUUCCUCCCGCUGAUUGUCCGCCGCUCCCGGCAGCGGCACGGAGCACGCAAGCACCCACCCACCCGGAGGCAGGCGGCGGGUGUCGCCCCAGUCAUGUUCGUGCCGCCGCACCGGGAGCGCCGAUUGCAGAGACGCUGGGAGGGAGGACAGUGCGUCUCUGACAGGGGCCCCCGGCUACCCGCGCCUGUAGGACAGCACCGCGGGCUGCCGACCGCGCCUCCCCGCGUCGUUGCGCUGGCAGUGAGAUCUCUUGUACACCCUCGCCUGGAGGGCCUGCGGUGGGCCCGGUUCCCCACGGUCACCCUCCCAUGCCCGCUUCCACUGGCUCUCACCGGCUGCUCCCCGCAUCUCACUCCGCAGUGUGCUGUCCAGGUGAAGCUGGAGUUGGGGCACCGAGCCCAGGUCAGGAAGAAACCCACCGUGGAGGGCUUCACCCAUGACUGGAUUGUAUUUGUCAGAGGGCCCGAGCACAGCAACAUUCAGCACUUUGUGGAGAAAGUCGUCUUUCACCUGCACGAGAGCUUCCCUAGGCCGAAAAGAGUGUGCAAGGAUCCGCCUUACAAAGUUGAAGAGUCUGGGUAUGCCGGGUUCAUUUUGCCAAUUGAGGUUUACUUCAAAAACAAGGAAGAACCUAAGAAAGUUCGAUUUGACUAUGACUUAUUCCUGCACCUUGAAGGCCACCCACCUGUAAACCACCUCCGCUGCGAGAAGCUCACAUUCAACAACCCGACAGAAGAAUUCAGAAGAAAGCUACUAAAGGCAGGAGGGAUCAUGGUAAUGUCAGAUGGCACAUCAUUCUCCUCAGGACAGAGUUAUCUCCCCAACUUUUCCAGUAACUCCCUGUUUUUUCCUGACAUAAAGAAGAAAUCAUCUCAUGGGCCAAAGGACCCAACUAGGAUUCUGAACACAAGUAGCAGUAGCAGCAGCAGCAGCAACACGUUCUCAAAGACUCAUAAAUUAACUAAGGAGCACAAGGAAAAAACUUCUAGAGACUCAAAAGAACAUAAAAGUGCCUUCAAAGAUCCUUCCAGGGAACACAACAAAUCUUCCAAAGAAUCAUCUAAGAAACCCAAAGAAAACAAACCAGUAAAAGAUGAAAAAGUAGUUCCUAAAAUAGCCUUCAAGGAACCGAAACCCAUAUCUAAGGAGCCGAAAUCUGAAAACACUGCCAUCCUUACCAUAACAUGUGGGCAACAUCAUGUAAAGAAGGCCCCCACAAAAAGGCCCUCUGUUCCGGAUUCUGAUGGACCUGCUGUCCAAAAAAGGAAAAAAAAUGGCUCAGAUUCAUUGUUCAGAAAUUUUUCUAGCAACCCGCCACUGGUACUUACUUGCUCAGCUGACAAAAAACAAACAAAGGAUAAAUCUCGUCUUAGGGUGGGGAAAGUCAAAAUUGAGAGUGAUGUGCUGGGAAAGAAGUCUACAUUGCCACCGUUUCGUGAUAUUGUGGAUCCAAAUGAUUCUGACGUGGAGGAAAACACAUCCUCCAAAUCUGAAGUAAGUGGUCCCAGUCCUGCCAGUGCCAGUUCCAGCUCCAGUUCCAGUUUUAUGCCGUCUCAAAACCGCAGACAACAAGGUCCACUGAGGUCUAUAAUGAAAGAUCUGCAUUCAGAUGAUAAUGAAGAAUCAGAUGAAGCAGAGGACCAUGAUUCUGAGUUAGAACAACCUGUAAGGACACAAGGAGGAAGCAAGCAUUGCAGGGUUAGUCUGAGUGAUGGCAGUGACAGCAAAAGCAGUUCACCUUCCUCAACACUGCAUCAUGAGCCAGCACCACCUUUACUGAAAACCAACAACAACCAGGUUUUAGAAGUGAAAACUCCAUUAAAGCAAAACAAAGCUGAUAAGCAAAUAAAGAAUGGGGAUUGUGAUAAGGCGUAUCUUGAUGAACUAGUAGAGCUCCACAGAAGACUAAUGACACUGAGAGAGAGACAUGUACUGCAGCAGAUAGUAAAUCUUAUAGAAGAAACUGGACACUUUCAUAUCACAAAUACAACCUUUGACUUUGAUCUUUGCUCACUGGACAAAACCACAGUCCGUAAACUACAGAGUUACCUGGAAACAUCUGGAACCUCCUGAGGAUUCAGCAUUUGGCUGCAUCAAAAACUGUUCUUUAAAUUAAACAUUCAGCAUGAUGCGACCAAAAUGGGAGGGGAAAAAAGAAAGCAACCCUCUUCAGCUAUAUUCUUCCUUAAAGCCAGUCAUCAGCUCUUGAUAAGGGAGAGGAAAAGUGAUAAGACUCAGAGGAUCGCACUUCUCAAGAGGAAAAUGCUGUGGAAGCGUUUGCCUGGAUAACCUUGAAAAACAAACACACAAACAAACAGAAAAACUUGGUCUUAAUGAAUGUGUAUGGUGGCAUGUAUCUCUCUGUGAUAUUCCAGUCCACAAGAGGAAUGCGUGUUCAGCAUACUGCCUUACUACAUAACUGAUCUAUUUAUUAUUGCAUACAUGUAUUCUCAAGUCAAUGUGUCAUCGAGUGACACCACCAGAUGUUGCAAGUAGUGGGGUCCCAUGUGUGCUCUUCUGAUGCAGUACUGUCACAAGCCUAGUAACCUUAUUCAUGUUAAAAUGCCUCUUCUUGCCAUCUUUCUCUAGUCACUUAAAACACUACAGUCUUGUUUCCACUUCUGGGAUUCCAGGAAACAAGAUACAAAGUUGGGGAUCAAACAGUGGCCCUGUAAUUUUGUUUCUCAUCUGCCACAGUGGGUUGGACCGCAGGUCCUUGAUUCUAUCCAUUUAUUGAUCUUGACCAUUGUAGAAAAAGCACCAAAUAGGAUCACAUGACUUGCUGUCUAACCUUAGUGAAUAAGCCAGUAGGACUUUUAACAAAAAAUGUUAUGUAUACUGUCCUGAUUUCAGUAUCUUUUGCAGUCUGCAUUCUUGUGUCUGUUAUAAUGUUAUAAAAUUAGAAAGUGUUCUGCAGGAUCAUCAUAAAAUGAGAAGUACUGGUCCUGUCUUCUAAGGAAAUGUUGUAGAAAAUUCUUCAUUUGGAGCUAUUUAUUACUACAGGUUUCAACACUCCUCUGCUGCCAGUGUGUGAUUCACUUUUUCUGUUGCAAAGCAGUUUUGUUUGUUUGUGUAGUACAUAGUCUGCUUAGAUUAUUUUGGGCUUUUGU